AUGCGCAGCAAUGAGGACACGGCCGGAGUGGAGGUCUCGUCGGCUGCGCCUCAGCUUACGGGCCGCCUGGUCUUGCGAAACACCUUCAUCGAGCUCGAGGACGAGGAUUCACCAGACUUCCCGUUCGGCCGAACCCGGGCAUGCAGCGACAGCUGCCUCUUCGACGCCACUACACCCAAGGCACCUCCGGACGAGGCCUCCCGCGGAGACCUGAACGUGUCCAUCGAGUUGACGGGAGCCAGUUGUCUCAACACGCCGAGAUCCGACGAGCCGGACAGCCCGGGUACCAAAGGAGUCCCAGCACCACCCUGGACCACCUCGCCGACCUCGCCCUUGCCCUGUCCUGACCUGCAGGUUCCGAAGUGUGCAAUCGGACAGCAAGCGGUCUCCAAAGAAGAUCUAGAUCGUUUAUCACAAGAGGUGUCCCAGCUGAUGAACCAGAACAACUUUCUGCGCCAUCAGAUCGUGACCGGCAAGGAGCCAGUGCCAGAGAUCAAUGGGAUGCAGGAAGUAAAUGCGAUUCCUUGGAUGGCUUACGUCCCAAUGGCAAGCGUUUCCGGCUAUGUGCAGGAGCCUUUGUCUCCUGGUCGAAGUGAAGCGGCCCAGGGUUCGAUGGAGUGGACGGAGAAUUCCACAGCAGCGGACUGUGGCACGUCGGUGAUGCUUCGGAAUCUGCCGAACAACUACACGAGAUCCAAGCUGUUGGAGAUGCUUGAUUCCGAAGGCUUCGCCGGGAAAUACAACUUUGUGUACUUGCCCAUUGACUUUCACACUCAGGCCAGCCUGGGUUAUGCUUUUGUGAACCUGGUGGACAGCUCCUACGUACCCCAGAUUCAGGAGAAGCUGACAGGCUUCAAGAAGUGGAAGGUGCCCAGCAAGAAAGUCUGCGAGGUGCGCCUUUGCGGGCCCUGGCCGGACUUGGAGGCCCACGUGGAAAGAUAUCGAAACAGCUCGGUCAUGCAUCCGAGCGUUCCGGAAGAGUUCAAGCCGGCUCUCUUCGAGAACGGCAAGCAAGUUCCCUUCCCGAAGCCGUCCAAGGUCCCGAAGCCUCCGCAGAUUCGAAAGUUGCCUGCUGGCCUGCUUGCGGAAGAAAAGCAGAAGGACGCACAGGCGCUCACACCGGGCCUGGUCCAGCGCAGCGGGAAUUUCUGA